AUGUGCUGGACCGGGUCCGACCCCCGCGGCGGCAGCAGCACCUGCAGCAUGGCGGACGGCUGGCCCGAGCCCGCCGCGCUGGAGGCGUGGCACGAGGCCGCCGCGGCCGGCGGCGCGGCGGGCGCGGCGGAGGGCGCAGAGGCGGCGGCGCGCGCGACGGCGUCGGCGGCGGCGCAGUGGGCGCGGCUAGGGGGCGGCUGGGAGGGGGCGUUGUGGUGA